AUGAAAACAAUGAUGUCAAUAUUACAUUUUACAUUCAAAUUAUCUUUUGUUGCAAUUAUUUUAUACAUAAUUCUGAAUAGAUGGAUGGUUUAUAAGUCAUAUACGUUUUGUGACAAAUCUGUAGAGGCAAUUACCCUGAAACAUUUGGGGAAAGAUAUUAACAUAGCCUAUGACAACAUUAACAAAGAAUUUCAGGAAAAAUACCCGGGACAUAUACUACCAGAGGAAGAUCAACAAUGGAUCUUUAUGAACGCUGGGGGUUGGAUGGGAAGUAUGAAAAUACUUCAUGCAUCAUUGACAGAGUAUGUGCUGCUUUUUGGAACUGCAAUAAAUACAUCAGGAAAUUCAGGUAGAUACUGGGCUAACAUAUCUGACACUAUACUAACAGGCUCGUUCAGACAGUGGCAGGAGGGUAAUAUCCAUUCUACAAUGUUCAAACCAGGGGACACAGUUUAUCAUUACUGGGGAGAGGCAUCAGCUGUAGAAUGGACAGCAGGGACAUGGAUGGUGGAGUAUGGUCGUGGAUUUAUACCCUCAACUCUUGGAUUUGCCCUGGCUGACACACUGUUUUCUACGCAAGACUUUGUGACGCUUUUCUAUAUCUUAAGAGUGUAUGCAAAGGCUCUGUUGCUUGAGGGGACUACUUUUUUGUACGAGUUUAAUCCAGCUGAAAUGUUCUCUGGCAGUGAAUCGGCUAGCUGAUAAUGGCAUGUGUUUUAAAAUAUAGAAUUUAUUAAAUCUAGUAACACUGAAUCAAACCAUUACAGUGAGGUAUUUGAUCAGUAAUAUUUAUUUGUGAUAUGCCUUUUUUAUCAUAACUUUGUAAGGCAAAAAUAAGAUAUAUAAUUAUUUUGAAAUCAUUUAUUAUUUUUAAGAUUGGAAUAACUAUAUUAGUUGUUUAAGAUAUGUGC